UCUCUUUAACCCGUACCUGAACCCUAAUGUUUAUACUAUUCCAUUACUAUAUAUAUCAUCAACAUUUCCUCAAGAAUUGAACAAACCAAAUUAACUUCUACUACAUAUUUGCAUUAGAAAGCAAAAAACCAAAAUGGGUUUGCAUAAAAUCACUUCCAUGAGUAAUUCUCUUCUUGUUAUGAUGAUAACCUUAUUAGUCCUGGUUCUUGAACCCUCCCAUGCCCAAAACGCACCACAAGACUAUGUCAACACCCACAACGCCGCUCGUAACCGAGUGGGCGUAGCCAACUUGAUAUGGGACAGCACUGUAGCUUCAUAUGCUUCAAACUACGCCAAUUCAAGAAUCGGUGACUGCAAUCUUGUGCACUCCAAUGGACGCUACGGCGAGAACCUUGCCAAGGGAAGCAGUGGUACGUUUUCCGGAGUCGAUGCGGUGAAUUUGUGGGUGGCGGAGAAAGCUUACUAUAACUACACUUCUAAUUCUUGUGCUGUGGGCAAGCAGUGUGGGCAUUACACUCAAGUGGUUUGGCGUAAAUCGGUUCGACUUGGGUGCGCUAGGGUUCGUUGUAACAAUGGUUGGUGGUUUGUCACUUGCAACUAUGAUCCUCCAGGCAACUAUGUUGGCCAACUCCCUUACUAAUUAAUAAAUCGACUAAAUUGUCACAAAUAAUCUCAUACUUAUGCAUGAGAACUGUUGUAAUUUAAAUAUAAAUAAAAGCAAUAAUAAUUGCUUUAUAGUUUGCUUCA